AUGAUUUUUAACUCUAUAUCUGGUUAUCUAGACAAGCGCUACCAGUGGCAUCUUAAAACCUUGCUCCGGGAUAAUGACAACCCCUCUCAUUGGAGCGAAAAUCUGCCCUUGGUCAUGCUCUCUAUCCGUACCGCACUCAAGCUCGUCUUGGAGGGCUCUGCACUACCCUACGGAUUCCUGGCGAUUUUUCGGGCAAUCCCAAAGGCCAGCCAACUGGAUGAUACGGAUUAUAUGCAAGGACCGCGCCAAGAAAGGGCUAAUUUCCAUGCAACCCUUCCACGUACUUCAACAAGUAAAUCAGACAUUGAUCUUAACUUGAUAACGUCUUCUUAUGUAUUUGUUCGCGUAUAG